AUGCUCUGCCGGCUUGUCCCUUCUCUCUGCGUCAAUUUCCUCUGCUUGGCCCAUCUGGAUAGCCAUGUUCUUCAGAACUCCACUCUACUCUCCUCCGCAAUCGCAUCCAACUUUACGACUUCAGGUCUCCCUCUUGAAAGCCUCGUCACCAGGUCAGUAGUCUACGAGACAGCCUUCACUAAAUUCAUGGGCCAUCUGGAUGUUGUUCCCUCCAUCGCGAAUGGCUUUAACGCCUACUUCCCGAUGGUGGUUGUCGUCCUUUGUUUGGUGACUUUCUUCAGUCUGGGAAGUCGAUUACUGGCAUGGUUUGGUAUGCCCCAACUCCUGGGACCGAGUUUCAUUGAUAAGUGA